GUAACCACCGAAUACAUCAAUCAACCACUUCAUUCAGUGUCAUCUAAACCUUGCGUUUCCUUGGCUGUGUUGUUCGGCCGUGAUCUCUGUGUAUUAGACGCUUUUAGAGGCUGUCAAGUUUGGAAGCUGACAUCUUUUUGCCUUCAGAUCAUUGUAGAACCAUAUAACAUUGUCAAGGAAAAAAGGACUUUAAUUGAUCGAUAAAUACGGCCACUGCCCAUGCAAUAGGGCAUAUUUGUGUGAUUGGUGUAGGAAUCCACAGCACAGUAGUUUUCUUCUCUCUGAUAUAUGUAAACUAUAUCAGCCUGACUCUUAAACGCGCGUGAAUGGUCCGGCGUUAACUUGGCGACGGACGAGUCUUUCAACUCGCGUAGUACAUUUUAUGUUUGUGAUCGAAGUGCUUUAACAAGUCACGUUCGACGAUCUCGUUUUUCUGGAGCUCAUAGAGUUCCGAUUUAUCACAGCCUUGAGGUACAAAGAUCCUGUUAGUUGUGUCAAUAUACGAAUUGCUGCUGUGGAAUAGUCAAUAGAAAAAAUGGCAGACAAAGAAGAUCUUCAGACUCAGCUAGAGACCUACCAUGUACAACUGCAACAGGUGGAGGCUGCGCUUGCAUCCAAUCCAGAUGACCCUGACUUGCGUAAACUGCGUGAAGACCUUUGUGAAGUUAUAAGCUUAACAAAAAGUCUCUCCGCUAGCUCUCGCAAUAGUGAUCUCCGGUCGGUGACCCAUGCAGAGGACAGUGGCGGCGUAUGUGGGUCAGGGAUUGUCGGGUCCGCUGGCUCCACGGGCCGUUGGCAAGUUGGGGAUCGUGUAAGUGCCCCCUGGGCCGAAGAUGGAAAUUACUAUGAUGCAACCGUCGUGGCUAUAAGCAGCAGCGAUGGACUGGUUACUGUCGAUUUCGAAGAAUACCCGAACAACGAGACUGUACACAUGAGCGAGCUAAAGCCGCGUAACAGCGGGGGGCAUGCAACGAAAGGUGGAAAAAAAGCCCAUGUGGCAGCGCAGAAGGAGUACAAGAAGCAGAAGGCCAUGAAAAAAAAGGAACGCCUUAAGGAGAUUGAGCAGCAGCGCGAGGCCGACAAGAAAAUCUGGCAGAACUUCAGCGCGAAAGCCCAACACAAGAAAAAGGGUGUCACGAAAAAGAGUAUUUUUGCUACACCCGAAAGCGUCGCCGGCCGGGUAGGAAUCGGCACUUGCGGUGUUGCAGAUCGGCCGAUGACCGAAUACCAUCAGAUAGAAAAACAUCAGGUCGUCAAGAAGACCUCGCUCCAGCACCCGUGUAACUUGCCUGGACCCGCGGGCCUUAAUUGACCAGCAGAUAACGUUUACACACGACCAAUGCUAUUGUUUGUCGCUAAUGAGAUCGCGGCAAUUUAAUGCAAAAAAGCAUAACAUUGUUAUUGGUCCUGCCAAAUUAAAAGCUGGACCAUAUUACAGGAUCCAAUGGCAUUUGGUACGUAGCGACGUCACUCGAAGGUGGCGCAGUCGUUAAUGAUUUGAACACAGUUAUUAGCACCAAUAGUUUAUUAUUUAAUUAUAAACGGAACAUUAAGAUUUGAGGCUUGAUUCAGACGAGAACUGCAUGGCUAAUAAAUUAUUCUAAGUUACAUUAAGAAUCGCGUAUGCCAGUGAAAGUACUUAAACUUGAUUCGAUCAAUAGAUACAACUUUCGAAGCACAUACACGUUCAAGCUAUGGUUGUAUCUUCUUGACUCGUCGAGUCAAAGAUCUCUUUCGUUUUUUCGAUGCGCGCCCUUCGAUUGACGUCUAUGCGUACCGCCGUCAUACGAAAAAGGUAUCUACCAUUAAAACUUAUAUCCAAUAUAUAUAUAUAUAUAUAUAUAUAUAUAUAUAUAUAUUAACAUACACACACACACACCCAUUCACGUCUUGGCUAAGCUGGUUUCUGCCAGCAAAGCGAAAAUGAAGCCCAAUAUGAAGAGCUACUGCUACAACACAAAGCAAACUACAUUUUGCCGGUAGCUGUGCUGGUAUAAACAUUAUUAUUAUUCGUAAAUAAAUGAGUUUUGUGUAUAUACCUGUAUUGCAUUCGCUCAUGUUUUCAUUUGUUAGCUACGCGAUCUUCAUGGCUAUGAUUAUUCCCGUGUUAGAUCGUACGUAAGGCCGUCGAAGACACCAUUAUGGACACUUUAUUUAGCUUUAAAAAGUGACA